AUGGACAUCAUCAUCAACUCGCUGUACACCGACAAGCAGGUUUUCUUGCGAGAGCUUAUCUCCAACGCAGCAGACGCUUUGGAGAAGGCCCGCUUCCACAGCGUGCAAGACGAGACCUUCCUGGGCGACACCAAGGACUUGGAGGUGAAGAUCGAGCACGAUGCUGAUGCAAAGACGAUCUCCAUCAUCGACACUGGCGUUGGCAUGUCCAAGGCAGACUUGAUCAACAACUUGGGUACCGUGGCCAAGUCCGGUACCACCAAUUUCCUUGAGGCCAUGGCCGAGGGAGGCGACGCGAACCUGAUCGGGCAGUUCGGUGUGGGUUUCUACAGUGCCUUCCUUGUUGCAGACAAAGUCUCCGUGACGUCCAAGUGCAACGACGACCCCGUGCAGCACGUCUGGGAAUCCUCCGCAGAUGCUUCCUUCACGGUUGUGGAUGACCCUCGGGGCAACACGCUGGGCCGCGGCACUCGCGUGACCCUGCAUCUGAAGGAGGAUGCGCAUGACUACUUGUCGGAGGACAAGCUGAAGGAGAGCGCGAAGAAGUACUCCCAGUUCAUUCAAUACCCCAUCUACGUGAAGGUGAAGAAGGAGGUGGAUGUCGAGGCAGAUGAGGAUGACGACGACGACAAGGAUGACGAAGACGAGGAGAAAAAGGAUGACGUGGAGACGAAGGACGAGGAGGAGAAAGAGGAGGAGGACAAGAAGCCCAAGAAGAAGACCGUCUUUGAGUGGGAGCAGGUGAACACUCAGAAGGCCAUUUGGUUGCGUGCCAAGGAAGAUGUGACUGAGGAGGAGUACAAUGAGUUCUACAAGAGCAUCUCGAAGGACUACCUGGACCCUUUGGCCUACACUCACUUCAACGCGGAGGGCGAGAUUGAGUUCAAGUCCAUUUUGUUCCUGCCCAAGAAGGCUCCCUUCGACAUGAUGGACAACUACUGGACCAAGAAGUCCGAGGUGAAGCUCUUCGUGCGCCGAGUGCUAGUGGCUGAGAAGUUCGACGAGCUGCUUCCCCGAUACCUGAACUUCGUGAGGGGCGUGGUGGACUCAGAUGACUUGCCCCUGAACGUGUCCCGAGAGCAGCUUCAGCAGAACAAGAUCAUGAAGGUGAUCUCCAAGAAGCUGGUGCGCAAGGUCUUGGAGCUGAUGAAGAAGCUGGCAAAGGACGAGGAGUCUGGUGGCGACGACGAGGACGAGGAAGGCGAGGACAAGGAGAAGGAGGAGGAAGAGAAGAAGGAGAAGAAGGACGAGGAGGGCCUUUGGACCAAAUUUUGGAAGGAGUUUAACAAGAACUUGAAGAUGGGCUGCUACGAGGACGACUCCAACCGCUCCAAGCUGUCCAAGCUGCUGCGCUUCUUCACCACAAAGUCUGAUGGCAAGGAGAUCAGCUUGGACAAAUACUUGGACCGCAUGCAGGAGAGCCAAGAGAGCAUCUACUACAUGUCGGGCGACUCCAUCGAGACCAUGAAGAAGGCCCCGGCUCUUCAGAUCUUCAUGAAGAAGGAUCUCGAGGUUCUCAUGCUGCCGGACCACCUGGAUGAGCCCUGCUUGCAGAAGCUCGCGGACUACGAGGGCAAGAAGUUUGUGUCCAUCCAGAAGGCCGAUGUGAAGCUGGACGAGACAGAGGAGGAGAAGAAGAAGUUCAACAAGAUCAAGGACAUGUACAAGCCUUUGACAGACUGGUGGAAGAAGAAGCUGACUGACCUGACCGAGAGCGGUGCCAUGAAAGAGGCAGGUGUGAAGGUGGAGAAAGUGGAAGUCUCCAAGAGGCUCACGGAGUCGCCAGUUGUGGUCGUGACCUCGCAGUUUGGCUACUCUGCCCAGCAAGAGAAGGUCAUGAAGUCGCAGGCUUUCCAGAACAAGGAGCAGCUGUCCAUGAUGGCAGGCCGAAAGACUUUGGAGAUCAACCCCAACCACCCAGUGAUCGUGGACCUCCUUGCCAAGAUCAAGGUCAGUGAGAGCGACCCGGCAGCCGUCAAGACUGCCGAGGUGCUGUUCCAAACUGCCCUGAUUGAGUCCGGCUAUGAGAUUGCGGACCCCUCCUCCCUGGUGAGCCACGUCUACAAGCUUAUGUCCAAGGAGCUCGGGGUGAACCCUGAUGCUCCCAUGAAGGAGAUCGAGGUGCCAGAGGAUGAGGAGGAAGCUGAAGAGGAGGAGAAGGACGACGGUGACGACAGCGAGGAGGAUGCCAAGGAGGAGAAGGAGGACCUGUGA